CUAAAUAUUAGUUUUUGUGACAACUGACAAACUUGCAUGAAUGUAGAACAUAAUUCACUAUAUCGUAUUUGCAAUAGCAAUAAUCGAAAAUUUGGAAUCCUUAGGCGUGAUUUGUGUAUCCAUAAAUCCAUAUUAAGCCGUAGCAAAAAUGUCACAACCACCUCGAGAAACUAUACAAAAACAAAUCCAGCAAGAUUGGGCAAACAGAGAGUACAUUGAAGUAAUAACAGGAAGCAUAAAGAAAAUUACUGAUUUUCUUAAUUCUUUUGAUAUGUCCUGCAGAUCUCGCUUGGCUGCAUUACACGAAAAACUAGUUUCAUUAGAGAGAAAAAUUGACUAUUUGGAAGCUUGUGUCACUAAAGGAGAGACGCUCACAUAAGCAAAGAUUUUUUUUUUUGUCUGAAAACUUCAAAGCAUUUAUUUAUGUAUAUUUAAAUCUCAAAUGCAUUCUUUUCAUAUCAAUACCUUAAUUCAUGUAUGAUUAAUGUUGUUUAACCUUAAUAUCUACAUUAAUCCUUAUAUUCUAUUAUCUUAAGUAUAUUUUAGAAUGUAUUCAAAUGUUUUGAUUAGAUUAAGGUAUUGAUAUUAUUUGUUGUGCCAACUUUACUGCUAAGUUUUAUUAAUGACUUAGUUUUGACUUUUGCCAGACAUGAAACUUAAAAAAAAAAAAAAAUAGAUUUUUACUGUGCUUGUCAUUAAAUUGUUCUAAGCUUACUUUUUGUAUAUUAAAAUAAGUUUAAUUGACAUUUGAUUUCAAUAAUCAUGAUCAAGCUCUUUGGUGAUUUAUUUAUGAGAUUAUCGACUGUACAUAGAGAUUCUCUAUGAUCGUAGAAGAAAGUGUUCACAAGUAUAAUAUACUGUUUUUACUAUUGUGAAAGUUAUUUACUCUGGAUCUUUCUCGUGUAUGAAAGAUAAGUGUAUACAUGUGGUAAAAGGAUUUGGUCUGUGUGGAUUUAUACUUUUGAACUUAACGCCUAUUCGCUAGUAAUAAAAUAAAUGCUUUUCAAUAUGGCUAUUGGAAACAAAAAAAAAAUCAAACUGUCAACAAGUAUGAUAUAGUAUAUAU